UCAUCCCUGGGCGCCGCGGGCUGGAGCCGGAAGUCAUGGAGAUAUUAAUAGAAGAUCCUGUUACCACGUGUCUUUCUCCCCCGGUGCAUGAUAUGAUCUGUAAACUUGGGUUUGAAGUCCAGGAAAAUCGCGACAUCAGCAGUAUUGUAACUCAGGAUGGUGAGGUGUGCUGGAAGACCAUCACAGACUGUCUAACUUACACAGAAUCAGCGCAGGGUCUGGAUCUCGGGGGCAGCGUGCGGCUGCUGGGCCCCGUGUGUGAGGCUGUCCACUUGCACUUGCUGUCUCUGAGCAAGGCGCAGUUUGAAGUUCGAUACGCACCAUGGUUCCAGUGGACGGGUGUUCCGGAGUUAUUUCCUGAAAUAAUGGACACCUUGGACAGUCUUGAGUCUCCUGCUGUGUCUCUGAGCUUGAUGAAACUAACGUCGUGUCUGGAACGAGCCCUGGGUGAUGUAUUUUUACUGAUCGGGAAGGAGUGCCCCUUUCUUCUAAGAGACCUGCUUGCGUCUGAGGAGCUGGCCCGAGUCUUCGGGCCGCCCGUGAUGGAUGUGCUGAAAGUCUUCAUUGGCUCUCCCCAUGGGCUGAACCUCCGCAACGUCUUGUGGCACAGCUUCGCGGCCCCCCAGGAGCUCCCCCCAAAAUACUGUGCGAUGAUGGUGCUGCUGACAGCGGGGCUGGGUCAGCUCCUGCAGGGGCACCUUCGGCAGACUGGGCGCACACUAGCCCACCGCCCCUUCGUGACUCUUACAAACUUGGAGGAUCUGAUCGUUUUCCCUGAUGUCACUCAUGAGGUGCUCGCUGUCCUAGAAGAAGUGAUGAGGAAGUCCGCCUUCGUACUGAAACCCAUGGUGCCGUGUUGGGAGGCUGCUCUCGUCAAGUUCAAGUCUCACAGGUUUGCUGACUGCGCCAUCCUGUUGCUGACGCAGCUGGAGGCGGGGCUUAGGAAGGUCUUUGCCACGGUUAACGCGUGUCCGAGCAGACUGCUGACUGCCGAGUCAACAGCUCUGUAUACUACCUUUGAUGAAAUAUUGGCAAAACACUUGAAUGAUGGUAAAAUCAAUCAACUUCCUCUUUUCCUUGGAGAGCCCGCAAUGGAAUUUCUCUGGGAUUUCCUGAACCAUCAGGAGGGUCCCCGUGUGAGAGACCGUUUAAGCCACGGGGAAGUCAGCUUGCCCGAGUUUCCAAGGGAGGCAGCAAACCAGCUGCUUGCCUUUUCCUUCGUGCUUUUACUGAGACUCACUGACGAAGACCUGCUGCCAGUUUUCAAGGAGAAGGCCAUGGUGAGAUCGCUGAUGGGUCUCGCAGAGGGUUACGUUGCUCGCUGCCAUCCAGCAUCUCGGCUUAAAAAGCAGGUUCUGAGCUGUGAGGAGAGCCUCAGGGCUUGGCCUCUGCUGCCUUUGCCCAAAGGAGCUGGAGGGGAAGCUGCCCAGUUGGAAAGUAACUCUGAAACAAAUGACUGCAAGUCUUUAAUCACAGACAUCAUGGCUGAGCUGUGUCGCCACCUCCCUGCGAAGCUCUGUGUCCCCCCUGACUUGGACAGCCCUCCUGGGAGGUGGCCCCAGCUGCUCCGUGAACUCUGCGGCAUCCCUGUCCCGACCCUGUUCUGCCCCAGAACCGUCCUGGAGGUGCUCACCGUCUUCCGGAAGAUCGGUGCCUGCUGCUGCCGCGUGUCUGGCCAGGUCACCGCCUCCUGGGAGCGGAGGCACCAGCAGUGGGUGGACCGGAGCCUCCGCUCGCGGCAGAGGCGGAACUACCUGCGCAUGGCGAGCAGUGUUAAGGUUCUGUCUCCUGUGCUCUACCUGAUUUUAUUGCUGAUUGCUCUGGAAUUGGUCAACAUUCACACGAUUGGUGGGAAGAAUACUUCAGAGUAUCAGCAGUAUCUGAGGUUCUUGAAGUCUGUCUUGCAGUACACGGAGAACCUGGCGGCUUCCACCAGCCAAGACCAGAACAAGUGGGAUGAAGCUGUCAGUCUUACACACGCGGCCUUGUUGAAAAUGUGGACUUUUAGUGAGAAGAAACAAAUGCUAAUACAUUUAGCCAAGAAACCCACAAGUAAAGUGAUCCAGUGAGUCAGGACACUUUGGGCUCUCUCAGGGAACCUGACUUGAGUGGACUUGACAGCAUGUGGGUUGAAGAUCCAAAGGGAGGGUAGCUUCCAGGUUCUGUUUGAUGAGGGCGCAUGGUCCAUUGCUCUGCAGUUCCCGACUUGCUUUCCGAGUGGUUGGUGUGGCCCUCAGGCUGGCUCCCUCGUGGUAACCAGCGGUCGUAGCGGCUCUAGGCCUCAGCUCCCCGAGCACACCAUCCAGAGAGGAGAGGUUCUUUUCACCUGACUGUUACCCAGAAAUGGGCGGCUUCAUCUUACUGGCCACAGGCCUAAUCCUGAAACGUGGCUGUGUCCAGGACCCAGCUCUGUGCUCACGGGUUGGGCUGGGAGGAUGUCUCCUCCUGGACUGGCUACUGGGGCCCACAGGGAGGCUGUGGGCCCGUCAGUGCCUCAUCCCUGGCGCUGAGGUUCUCACAGGGGAGAACCGAGCAGCAGCAGCUCCUGGAAGGUGCCGGGCAGCGUGCGGCCGGGGAAGCAGGAGCCUCGCGGUCUCCAGCGUCUGGGGUUGGCAGGUUCAGGAUGGGAGCUGGGUGGGCUGGGGAGUGAGGGCCAGGGCUGUGGCCACUCCAGGCAAGCACCGCGGUUCUCUGACGUUCAGGAAGCUUCUCGUCUGCUGUGUUGGAGCAGCAAGGCCGCUGGUUCUCAAGAAACCCCUUGCAAAGCUGUCCUGCCCCAGGUCUGGGUGCAACGGCCGCAUCCACCCUCUGUGAGGACAGCCCCUCCCACAUCUCGCAGGGGGAUCCGGGCCCAGGAUGGAGCCCCCGCAGGGGUGGUGACACGGGGAGACAGCAGACUCUAGGUCUGGCAGUGCCUCUGCCGACUCAACACCCCUCCCCUUUUAAACCGAACUCCUGGGUUCUGCCGAACGUGAUUCAAAACCCCCUGCGUCGGUGUUUCCACCUCUGGACAAUGUUCUUUACGGGACGGCCCCAGCCCUCCUCGGCUGUUCUCCAAAGUGCAGGUUGGUGCUCCUGGCGCUGGAGCUGGUCUGGGAGGGGAAACCGGCCAAGAAACGGUCACUGAGCAGCAAGGAGACUGCAGAGCUGGCCGUGCUCCCUGGGCUCCACCCGGCCCUCUGCCCUCAGCCUCUGCCUGCUGUGGGUCCUCACUGGGAGGAAGGGUCUUUCUAGCUUGGGUAACUAGUUCUGCACAGACUUUUACCCCUGCACGUGGGAGCUAAGCGCUUUUCCACAGAACCCCCAAGUGCCGUCUGGGUCACAGCCCCACCGCCAUGGGAGGGCAGUCACCCCCGCCAUCACCAUCAGCCCUUCCUCACCCUGGGGUACCCUGGCCCGUGACCAGCACGGCCAGGUGGGCUCUCAGGCCCCCUGUAGACAUGCAUCCUUGGGAAAGAGACAUCCAGAGACAUCCACCCUGCCUGUGGUGUGGACGGAGAGCCACUGCCCUGCUGCCUCGCCCCCCGUGCGCCUGGCUGUGGGCAGAGUGGAAGGAGCCAGAGGUGGGCCCCAGCCACGCCCUCCAGGUACUGCAUCCUGGUGUGACACCCUCACCCCCGGCUGACCGCCCGCUGUGAGAUAUGCCUGGGAGCGGCGCCCUGGAGACCCACCGUAGCGAUAGGGCUCCCUGGGGAUGGUGUGGGGGUCCCUGACAUCCACAGUCGGGCCUCAUGUCACCUGAUGCAGCGCUUGGCCCUCGCGGGACAGACUGCACACACUCCGCUCACCCCCUCUCCCCACGCCCGUCCUCAGCUCUGAUGCCCCAGCCAGGCCCCAGUCCGUUCCUUCUGGCCCAGCUCCAUACACUUAGCCAGCCUCCUGCCCGGUAGGCCCAGCCUCGUGGACACUGAUCCUUGCUGCCUAAAUGAACACUAGGUGUGGCGCCUUCCUGGUGGCGCCUCCCUUCCCUGUCGGAGGAGCCCCUUGGGGCUGUGAUGCCCCCGAGUUUCUCCUGUGGAGGGUGUUGGCGUGUUUUGCAGAAAUCAAGUUUGGGCAGCAGAUGGGGGAAACGCUCCUGGAGACACCAUGUGCGAGAAGGCAGCAGCGUGGCUGCCAGGAGGCUGAGCCGUUUGCUGGGGGGACUGUCCCCCAAGCGUGGCCAAGCCCCGUCUCACCUGCAGUCAGUGGUGAGGCCUCUCAUGCCCAACGUUAGGACGCAAUGGCUCCAGGUGUCCUGUGGUGAAGGCAGCGUCCUGGCUGCACCAGGCUCCAGAGGGAGCCGCGGCCUGUCUGCAGCAGGAGAAUAGCUGUCGUGCUUUGUCCCAGAAUGGCAGGGUCUGAGCUGGUGGCCUGUGUGGCCCCUGUGGUCCCCCGUCUGGGGCAGAGUUCACGUCAGCCGGCAGGCCUCAUUCUGGACGUCAGGCAAAGCUGGUGAUGUUAUGGGCUCCCUGGUCAGUGGCCAGAGCAUCACACAGUCUGUAAAUGUCACCUCCGGAACCCGGAGGGCCUCUAAAUAUCUGGUCUCUGU